UAGGAGGAUGAUGAUGAGGAAGAAGAGGCCGGUGUUGUGCUAUAACGCCAUUUUAUUGUUGAAUAGCACCAGCGAAGAAGGAUCGAGAAAACGUCAGCAAAGGUGAGACAGGAUGGGGAAUUUUCUAGGCCUCUUUAAAGGACUGCUUGGUAAAAAAGAGAUGAGGAUCCUGAUGGUAGGACUGGAUGCUGCUGGAAAGACCACCAUCUUGUACAAGCUCAAACUGGGAGAAAUUGUUACCACAAUCCCCACCAUAGGCUUUAAUGUUGAGACUGUAGAAUUCAAGAACAUCAGUUUUACAGUGUGGGAUGUUGGUGGUCAGGACAAGAUCAGGCCACUCUGGAGGCAUUAUUUCCAAAACACACAAGGCCUUAUCUUUGUAGUGGACAGCAAUGACAGGGAGCGAGUGGGUGAGGCGAAGGAGGAGCUGAUGCGAAUGCUGGCUGAGGAUGAGCUGAGGGAUGCUGUGCUGCUUGUGUUUGCUAAUAAACAGGACCUUCCCAACGCCAUGAAUGCAGCUGAGAUCACAGACAAGCUGAGCCUGCACUCCCUGCGCCACCGUAACUGGUAUAUCCAGGCUACGUGUGCUACCAGCGGAGAUGGGCUUUAUGAGGGUCUGGACUGGCUUUCAAGCCAGCUGAAGAAUGCAAAAUGAUCCACCUGUUCCUCCUCUCCAUCUGUCAGCUGUCUGCAGUGUUUUUGGGAGACUGCACUGGUCCUGGUCUGGCUUUCUCCUUCUUUUUUUUCCCUCUGUUUCUUCUGAAUUGUUGGACCUUUGGCCAGUGCUUUCCUGUACCCAUGUACUGUAUGUGUGUGCUUGGAUAAGUAUUUUUUGAAUAAAUGAAUGAAUGUUUGUAUGUGGGAGCCCUGCUGUGCCUUGACCACAGUUUGCUCUCUGUCACCUCAUUCCCCCAGUGUCAGCCCAUCCAAAGGCACUGGGUUUCUACAAAGCAAAAAGCAGCAAAAGAUGCUGAGUGCUCUGUGUCAUCUACAAAGAAUGUUUUAAAAGAAAAACCAAAUGAUAACAAUUCAGUUUUAACAUUUGCUAAUGACAUUAAGGCCUUUUGAUAUUAGUUCAACCUGCUGAGAUGAACCAUGUAACAUUUGACAUUCUUCAAAAAAGUUUAUCUUUUUAGAAUUAAAAGCAAAUUUUCUUAGUGACUUUAAGUCCACACACUGCAGGUCCUUAAUGAGCAGAAUGUAACCCUUCUUCACACCAAUUUCUGUAGUUUUUACAUUUAAGUUUUUAAUCUUUUUUCAGCCCCUCCUGUUAAGAUGUCAGAUACAACUUUGUGUUUGCUUUUUUGUCAUUAAGACUUAAUUUCUUUUUUUUAAUUUUGUGCAUGUAAAGGAUCAAAGCAUCAGCUAAGAACUGGAUCUGAAAAAGGCAAUAACUGUUGCAGGGCAUGUUUACAUAUGUGAAGGAGUGUAACUACUGCAUGUGUUGUGGUUGUGUUUAUCCUCUGGGCCUGUGUGGGUUUCAGCCUCACCCGAUCCAUUGCAAUGACGAGGCCUUUGUUUUUCAUUUGUGCAUUAAGACUUGCUCCCACUCUGGUUUUUUAUUUACUGGUAGAUAUUUUUAUUCUCUUGUAAGUCUCUUGGUUAGGGUGUUUUUUAUUAUCUUUUUUUUUAUUAUGUUAUUGUUGAUCCAUGUAUGACCUGGUUUACUCCAGUGUGAGCUUCCAGGUGUGCUAUUUUUUUUAAUGAGUAAAAUGCUCUUGGGACCAAUUGGUUUGCUUCAGCAGGACACGUAUGUGCUCUUGGCCUUUUAUUUUUCAGUGCUGUGUACAUGUUGAAUCGGAAGUAUAUCACUUGGCCCUGUAAACAGUUACUCACCAUUUUAAUCUCUGUUGCUUCGGGCCAGGCCACUUCCCCUGUUUGUUAUUUACAUCUAAUGAUGCGAUUUUUCACAACCCCAUCAGCUUGCAAAACACAGGCUUGUGUGAAGAUAGCCAUUCAUCUCUCAACUAUUGCAGUGAACCCACAUACAAUAACAUUUCUCAUUCUUCUACACCAGCAGACAGUUGUUCCAUUUCAGGCAGAAUAGUUUUCCCCACACCCAUUGAUCUCACAGGUCUCUGCAAUAAUAAUAAUAAUACUACAAAAAACUGUCUUGAACAUUCUUCAGCCCUGAGUAAAGAUGGCUUACACUGACCUCAACAGGGAGCAUCGUAUUGUUUUGUUUUUGUAAAACUGGACAUUUAGGUGUUUUGUUUGAAAAUUGUAAAAAAAAAAUGACCAGUCUGUUUCCUUAUGUUACAUAUCUAGUUAGAAAUGAAGAUCUAAAAAAAUACAAAUGAUUUAAAAAUGGAUAAAAAUGUGUUUUAACUCAUCUUCCACCCUUUGUUCAGAUGUGAAGCUUUAAUUUUCAAGAUCAUUUCUGUACAAAUUACAUUGUGUUCAAAUAUUUUUGUUUGUGUGCCUUUUUAAGCUCAUCCUGUAACAUCUGAUAAAUGCACUAUAUUAAAGAGAAUCUCUAUUA